UUCCGGCUAUAAGCGGUCAUUCUGCGACAUUUCUUAUUGCUCCUCUGUACCAAGAGGCACAUUUAAAGCGGAUAUUUAUCUGAGCAAGGCGAUACAGUGGUAAAAAAGGAGACGGGGCCUUCUGCUGCAGUGAUGGAACAGCAAGGCCGUGAUCCAGAGGAGAACAACCCCACUGCCCAAGUGAAGAGGAGUGAGAGCCACUCUACAGAGAAAGAUGCUCAGGUAGAGCAGAGAACCACAGAUAUAGAUACUCCUGCAGAGCAGAGCAACCAGAACCAGGAUUCCUCUUUACCCCCAAAUACAUCAAGUGGUCAGGGGAGCCAGAACUUGGAGGAUCUUGAUACCGAAGUAAAAAAGGAGACGGGGCCUUCUGUUGCAGUGAUGGAACAGCAAGGCCGUGAUCCAGAGGAGAACAACCCCACUGCCCAAGUGAAGAGGAGUGAGAGCCACUCUACAGAGAAAGAUGCUCAGGUAGAGCAGAGAACCACAGAUAUAGAUACUCCUGCAGAGCAGAGCAACCAGAACCAGGAUUCCUCUUUACCCCCAAAUACAUCAAGUGGUCAGGGGAGCCAGAACUUGGAGGAUCUUGAUACCGAAGUAAAAAAGGAGACGGGGCCUUCUGCUGCAGUGAUGGAACAGCCAGGCCGUGAUCCAGAGGAGAACAACACCACUGCCCAAAUGGAGAGCAGUGAGAGAGACUCUGAAGAGGAAGAUAAGGAUGGAGCUGUAGAGCCCCAGAUUCCACUCCUCAUCACAUACCAGAGGGCUACUAAAGAACGUGAAUACCUAUCCCUAAAAAAGGAGACUGGGCCUUCUGCUGCAGUGAUGGAACAGCAAGGCCGUGAUCCAGAGGAGAACAACACCACUGCCCAAGUGGAGAGCAGUGAAAGAGGCUCUGAAGAGGAAGAUAAGGAUGGAGCUGUAGAGCCCCAGAUUCCACUCCUCAUCACAGACCAGAGGGCUACUAAAGAACGUGAACACCCAUCCCGUGAUGUGACAAUUUUGAUACUCCUUGGGCUUGUAGUGUUGCUGCUGGCUGUGGCUGUGAGCUUCAUCACUGAGUCUCGCACUGAGAACACAGUGUUCAACCGAACAGAGACCUUCCACAGAGCGUUGAAGAAGGUGGAGGUGGCUUUCCCUGGGCAGCGCUCUGAGCUGUGGAGGAGGAGCAGGAUCCACCUGGAGAGGCACCUUCAGACGACCCUGCCCACGGAGCCAGUCAGCCUGAUGCUGACAGCAGGCCGCAGGGGGGAGAAGACGCUGCACUGCCUUGCCCUGCAGCUGGCCUCCGCCUUCUCCUCUGCCUUCAACACCUCGUCCAUCCUCCACAUCGACGGGGCCAGCAAGGCUGGCCAGGACAGCGACCAGGUCAAGCUGGACAUUGACACCCAGCUGGGGGAAGCCUUCGAGGGAAACCGGUCCGUAGCCGUCAUCCAUCGCUUUGAGGAGCUGCCCCCGGGUUCCACGAUCAUAUUCUACCGCUACUGUGACCACGAGAAUGCAGCCUACAAAGAGGCCUUGCUCAUCUUCACCGUGCUGCUGGGGGGUGAGGAGGAGCUGCCGGCCAGCCUGGGACUGAGUGCCGUGGAGGAGAUGGUGGAUGACCACCUGCAGGACAAGUUCCUCUCCUCUGACCAGCCGGCCGCCUUUGACUUGAUGGACCUGGACAAGUUCAGUGGUCUGUGGAGCCGCAUCUCCCACCUGGUCCUGCCAGUGGCAGCAGAGGAGAGGAUAGAGCAGAGGGGCUGUGUCACAAUUCCAUAGGGAGUUGGCACCCAAACAAACCUUCUAAUACUCCAAUCAAUCAACUAUAUGAAACUUCUAUCAUCAUCAUCAUCAGUUGUGAUGUUUUAAUGGUCAUAGCACACAGGGAUGUGAAUAGAAUAGCAAUGGUUGACCACUUGCCACUUUAUAAGUUUAUAAGUCUGCUACAAAAGGCAGAGCCAAGAAGGAGAAAAGAAAACCAAGAGAGACAUUGCAGUAAUGUAGUAAUUAGUGAUCAGGAAGACACUGCAGGGUGUGUAUUGUAUGUACAGCAUGUAUGAGAUUGGGUUAAUAAUGAAGGAUGUGAUUAUUAUGAGUCUGUUUACUCUCAUAUUUGAAUGAUCCUAUAUAUGUCUAUCGAAGAGCUGUGUGUGUGUGUGUGUGUGUGUGUGUGUGUGUGUUUUGAUGUUGUAACCAGGGGUUUACUUUGUCAGGAUUACCCAGAUUGCCUCACCUGUCAAGGACUUUGGCGAGAACAAUGUGCCUUAAAUGGAAAUAAUAAAAUAUGGGGAAUGUGUGUA